GAGACCAGCCGCCCCGGAGUACACUCCUUAUGGUUCAAAUCACAAAGACCCUUACCUCCUCUUUCCAGGCUGGGCAGUGAAGAGAGCCUGAGCUCGGAGCUCUGCUGUGUGGACAGGAGACAGACAGGACAGACACCAAGGACCAAGACACUCUAGGCCUCUUGUUCCCUGCUUAUCGACUGGGAGUUGUCCCCCUGGACCAAGACACUCUAGGCCUCUUGUUCCCUGCUUAUCGACUGGGAGUUGUCCCCCUGGACCCGAGGCACCAUGGCUCUGUCCAUCGACCCGACGGAGGAGCCCAGGAUGUACCAGCAGACCCUGUUGCAGGACGGACUCUACGAUCUACUGGAGAAUGACAAGCUGGUGGACUGUGUCCUGAAGAUCAAGGACAAGGAGUUCCCCUGCCACCGUCUGGUGCUGUGUGCCUGCUCGUCCUUCUUCAGGGCUCUGUUCCUGUCAGAUGUGGAAGAGGAGAAGAAGAGAGAGGUGGUGUUGGAGGAUGUAGAGCCGGGGGUCAUGGGUCUGAUUCUGAAGUACCUCUAUACCUCCACCAUUAACGUGACAGAGCAGAAUGUCCAGGACAUCUUCUCUGUAGCCAACAUGUUCCAGAUCCCCUCGAUCUUCACAGUGUGUGUCUCCUUCCUCCAGAAGAAACUCAGUCUCAGUAACUGUUUGGCUAUAUUCCGACUGGGCCUGAUGCUGGACUGUCCUCGCCUCGCUGUCUCCGCUCGCAACUACGCCUGCGAACGCUUCCAGCUCAUCGUCCGUGACAAUGACUUCCUGACACUGGGGCCCAGCGAGCUGGCAGCCAUCUUGACAGCGGACACACUGAAUGUGGAAACGGAGGAAGAGGUGUUUGAGGCCGUGGAGAAGUGGGUCGGUCAAGAUGUGGAGAACAGGCUGAAGGAACUACCCGGACUGAUGGACUGUGUCAGACUCAGACUGAUCCACAAGGACUACUUCACUGAGAUGGUGGAGAAGCAUGAGUGGAUCUGCUCCAACCCUGAAAUGGAGAAGAGACUUCAACUGGUCAGAGACGCUCGUGCUGGAAAACUGCCCGACCUCCCGACUCAGAAGAAAACAAAGAAGAAGACGGAAGAAAAUAAGACAGAGGAGACGGGAGGAGAGGAGAAGGAGGGAGAGGAGGAGGAGGAGGAGGAGGAGGCUCUACUCCCGGGGAUCUUGAAUGAUCAACUGCGUUUUGGGAUGUUCCUGAGGGAUCUGGUGUUCAUGGUGAGUGACACGGGGGCGGUGGCGUACGACCCCACAGGGAACGACUGUUACGUUGCCUCGCUCUCCACUCAGAUCCCCAAGAACCACGCCUCCCUUGUCACCAAAGAAAACCAGAUCUUUGUUGCUGGGGGACUGUUCUACAAUGAGCUGAACAAGGAGGAUCCUCUCAGCUCUUACUUCUUACAGUACGACCCAGUGAGUGCUGAUUGGCUGGGCAUGCCCCCCAUCCCCUCGCCCCGUUUCCUGUUUGGCCUGGCUGAGGCGGAGAACAGCAUCUUCAUGGUGGGAGGGAAGGAGCUGAAGGAGCAGGAGUCCAGUACCCUGGACUCAGUACUGGUCUAUGACAGACAGUCUUUUAAAUGGGGCGAGUCUGACCCCAUACCGUACCCCGUCUACGGCCACGCUACUGUGUCUCACAACGGACUUAUCUAUGUGAUCGGAGGAAAGUCGGAUAGCAAGAAGGUGAUGAAGAGGAUGUGUGUUUACUAUGCUCAGCGGUUUGAGUGGAAGGAGCUGGCUCCGAUGCAGCUGGCCCGCUCUCUGUUUGGAGCCACCGUCCAUAAAGACAAGAUCUAUGUAGCAGCAGGCGUCACAGACACCGGCCUGACGGACACCAUGGAGGUGUACGACAUCAACACCGACAAGUGGGCAGACUUUGUGGAGUUCCCUCAGGGUCGUAGCUCACUCAGUCUGGCGUCGGUGGCCGGGGGUCUCUACGCUGUUGGAGGCUUCGCCAUGAUGCCCAGCGAGGACAAGGAGGAACUCCUCCCCAAGGAGAUGAAUGACAUCUGGAGGUAUGACGAGGGGGAAAGGAAGUGGGUGGGCGUUCUGAGGGAGAUCCAAUACGCCUCUGGGGCCACCAUCUUGGGGGCACGACUCAACACGCUUCGACUCACCAAGAUGUAA